AUGUGCGGUAUAUUUUGUUCGUUCGUCAAAGGGUCGUUCGUCAAAGGGUCGUCCGCGUGCGGUGAGAUCAUCAAGUGUAGAUCGGCGCUGCAGAAGAGAGGCCCGGACGUGGGUUCCACUCAUCAGGUCAAUGUCAAUGGCUACACUGCUUUGUUCUCGGGCAACAUACUGUGGACUCAAGGAGAGCGUCCAACCGGUCAGCCAUAUGUUGAUCGAAAGGGAAAUAUAUUACUAUGGAAUGGUGACGCAUACAGUUGGAAUCUGACGAUGAACGCUAGUAUUAAAGACAGCGAUACAAAAAUAAUAUCAGAUUUUCUGUGUGAUGGAGGCAGCAUGGAACUGCUUAUGACUUCUGUCCACGGCCCAUAUUCCAUUAUCUAUUACGACUGUGAACAACAAGUUUUGUGGGUCGGUAGAGAUCCAAUAGGCCGCAUCAGUUUGUUAUGGAACAUUAGUGCGGACAAACUGAUAGUCACUUCAGUUGGACACAAAGACAUUGCAGAUCUAGAAGAAGUACCAGCCAUUGGAUUGUUUAGAUUUGAUUUGAAUGCUCGUAUACUUGAACCUCAAUUAUACCAGUGGUCACACACACGUUUUGAUUGUGAUUACAACAUUUCAAAUGAAUUGCAAUAUUUUAAACAGACCCGUGUUCAACAUGUUACAAAUCCUGAAGACUCUAUACUACAACAAAAUUAUCAAUUAAACAUGUCUGAGCUAUUGUUGCACCAAGAAUUUUGUAAGAAUGUCAGUAAUCUGAUUCACUAUUUGUCUCAGUCAGUUGAAAAAAGAACAACAAUCAAUCCAAAGGCUUGUAAAAUGUGCGAGUUCAAAUGUGAUCAUGCAAAAAUGGCUAUUUUAUUUUCAGGAGGUAUAGAUUCGGCAUUACUAGCUCUAUUAGCUUCCAAAUAUGUAGAAUCUGAUGAACCAAUUGAUUUGUUAAAUGUUUCAUUUGAAAGACCAGCAAACUCUGGCAAUUUUGAAUGCCCAGAUAGACAAACAUGUUUAAAUACAUUAGAAGAGUUAAAAACUUUGUGUCCAACUAGACGAUGGAACUUAAUAAAAAUAGACAUUUCAAGUGUUGAAUUGCAACAAAAACGUUUUGACACUAUACGCCAUCUCAUUUAUCCUUUAAAAACCGUCCUAGAUGAUAGCCUUGGCUGUUCCUUAUGGUUUGCCUCUCGGGGACUUGGCAAAUGUAAUGGAAAAUCUUAUAAAACCCCUGCUCGAGUGUUAUUGUCUGGAAUGGGUGCAGAUGAGCUAUUGGGCGGGUAUACAAGAUAUAGAAAAAUUCUGCAGCGACAUGGUUGGCAGUCACUGAAUGAAGAAUUAGAUAAAGAUUUUUCCAAAAUACCAUCACGUAAUCUAGGUCGAGAUAACCGUGUGUGUUGUGACCAUGGUCGUCAGUUACGUACACCAUAUUUAGAUGAAAAUUUUGUAGAAUUUAUUAGAGGACUUUCACCAUGGCAACGGUGCUGGCCAAAAGAACCAUACCCGAUCAACUUGGGUGAAAAGCUAUUGUUACGAUUAGCAGCGUUCAAAUUGGGACUUAUAAAUGCAGCCUGUUUACCAAAACGAGCUCUACAAUUUGGCUCAAGAAUAGCCAAUAAAAAAGAAAAUGGUAGUGAUUUAAGUGAUAGAUUAUAA